AUGGCCGUUCCACUCCCUUUCCCAACGACGCCCUACCCCCGCCUCGACCGCCCCUACGACUACAACCACAUCCCCCGGCGCCAAAGCGGGAUGAAAGUCCUCGCUCUGGGAAUGCCCCGGACAGGGACCAUGUCCUUAUAUACCGCCCUCAACGAACUCGGCUACAGCUGCUACCACAUGGCCGAGGCCGCGCUCGAUCACCGCAACGGCUCCCUCAAGCAUUGGCAAGAGGCCAUUGUUGCGAAGUAUUAUGAUCUCGGAGAAGAGUACAAGCGGGAGGACUUUGAUAAGAUGCUUUGGCGGUAUGAUGUACGGACCCCUUGUGUUUCCCCUAUCCUCGCGAAUCUGUCUUAUAUCCCGUCAAUUCUCUUCGCCGAAGAACUCAUGGACGCAUACCCGCAUGCGCAAAUCAUCCUUAUAACACGCGACGUGGACGAGUGGCUGCCCUCGAUGGAGCGGGCAUUCUACAAGACAUACAUGCGCCCCUACAUGCACCUCCUCCGCACAACACUCAACAUCUGGACAGACCGGCACUGGAAAGACAAAGACCAGCUCGCGGCAACAUACAUUGCCCACAACGCGCUGGUCCGCGGGCAAGCCCAAAGGCGCGGGCGCAAGGUCCUCGAGUUCCACGUGCGCGACGGCUGGGGUCCGCUCUGCGAAUUCCUUGGUAAACCUAUCCCCGCGAAGCCGUUUCCGUGGGUGAAUCGGGGCGAUUUCAUUGCGCAGUAUCACUACAUUGGGUUUUGGAUUCGGGUGUUUUAUAUGCUGCGGCCGGUGCUGAUUUGGUUGCUGCUUGGGUUUGGGGUUUGGGGGGUUGUUGAUGGGUAUUUUGAGAAUUUUUAUGGGGUUAAUUCGGUUUUGUAG